UAGUAAUUUAGUCCUUGCCGCAUUUGCACGGCUUACGCAAGCGGUUUCUUCUUCUUCUUCAAAGUGAAUGCGUAACAAAAAAGACGUGAGCCCGUUAUUGGUACCGCGCGACUCGUGUGUUCGUUUGGCAUGCUAGUUGAGCUUUUGGACAACAAAAAACAGUUAACCUCGUACUGAAAACCCCGUACCGUUACCUAGUAACUGCGUUCUAACGGUUAAUCCGCUCACCGAAUCACAAUCAAACAUUGAAGACGCUACAUUUGUUAACUACACGCGCGAAUAUAGUGUUACCGACGCGAUUUUACCGUAUGUAACGGCCCCAAGACCCCCAAAAAUGUUGCUCAGCCGUGGCUCCGCGAUUUCGGCAACACACGAAGAAGACUCAACGCCAAACGGUACCACAAUCGAUCAGUCGUACGAUCGUUUAACGGACAAUAUGGAGGUCAGUAGAAAUGGUCUUAGUCCAGCCGACGGCGGCCGUAUCGGUGAACGUGUCGAAUUGUGUUGCAAUCGUUGUGGUAAUUUCGCACAAAUGAUGAAUACGAAGAAUUAUAAUAGUGACGAAAUGUUGCGUCGCGAAAACAAUUUUAAAUGUGAUAAGUGUUGUCAUUUGAGUGGUGUGAAUGGUGGCAGUGAGAGUGUUGAUAGUGUAGAGGACGAUGACGAUGAACCCGACAUCGGUAUCGAUGAUGAUAUGGAUGAUACAGAACUAGAUCCAGAACGUGACGAUGAUAUGGAUCUGCAUGAAAGUGAGGCGCUCAGAUUGCCGAAAGUCGAGGAGAAAGAGACCACGAUUUUGAAGGAUAACAACACCAAACCGAUAUUGAAAUUUAGUGUUUCGGCGAUUUUGGGUGAUACACGCGAAGGUGUGAGAGUGAGAAAUGAAUUCAUUCAGCCGCAACAUAUUUGGCCUUACUUACAACAAAAUUUCAUACAUCACACACACUUCCCACAUUCCGCAUUCCUGACACACCAUCCACACACGCAUCCCCUGGCACAUGCACACCCGCACCUCGCGCACCAUCCACACCUGCCGCCGCAUCAGUUGAACACCAUCGGCGCCGCCAAUGGCAAUAGUUGUCAGCCGCAAACCGCAGCAGCGGCGUCCUCAUCACCGGGCAGCACCAUCAGUGAUAGCGACAAUCACUCCACCGGCACCGGCGGCAGUGGUAGUGGCAGUAAUAGUAACAACAAUAACAUCACCAAUACAAUCGAUGGACGUCCCUAUGAAAGUGGUGUUGUUGUUGUUGGCGGUGGUGGUCACAAUGAUUGCGGCAAUGCGCUCGAAGAUAAUAAUAAUCGAAGACUAAAUUUAGCACAGGAGAAACAGCAGCAGCAACAACAACAACAACUGGCGUCAACACACCUGCAAACGCCCGCACAUCAACUACAAGCACACAUGCCACCACACCAUUCGCCAUUGCCCGGUCAACCGGCUGGACAUCAAGUGAUAGCAAAACCAUUGCCUAGCCGGCCAACGCCAUUCCUGCCACAUAGCUUGCAACAUCCGCAUUUGCAUUCACUGUUGGCGCAUUGCAGAAAUCCCUACAUGAGUGUUGGUGCGCAAGUGUUUCCCCUGCCACCUGGUCAAGGCUUCCCUUGGGCGCAUUCGACGCGUGGCAAGCCACGUCGUGGUAUGAUGCGUCGUGCCGUAUUCUCCGAUUCCCAGCGCAAAGGUUUGGAGAAACGAUUUCAGCAGCAGAAAUAUAUAAGCAAACCGGAUCGCAAGAAAUUGGCCGAACGGCUGGGCUUGAAGGACUCUCAGGUAAAAAUUUGGUUUCAAAAUCGUCGCAUGAAAUGGCGCAACUCCAAAGAGCGCGAACUACUUGCGAGCGGUGGUUCACGUGAUCAGACAUUGCCCAACAAGAACAACCCAAAUCCCGACUUGUCCGAUGCGAAAUGUGAUCGUCCAAUCUCACCGCUAUCACCGACGCCUCCAUCACCGCCUACGAACAGCCUCUCGCCACAGCCGAAAGAGGAACGCGCCAAUGCGGACACACCAACACACAACGGCGCAACCACACCCAAAUCCAUGCAAUCGCCAAGCGGCACACCAACCACUACCGCUGCUUCGCUACACUCGCCACCGCUGAUGCAUCACAUACCCAACAGCAUAGCGGUUGCCGCCGCUGCUGCCGCGGUCGCCUUCAGUUCGGCGCCGAGUAUGCAAAUGAGUUCACCGCCACCCUUGCUGACCGUUGCCGCCAAAUUGAAUGCCAAUCUGAAUGAUCAAUCAUCGAACGCCUCCUCAUCGGCGGCAUCAUCACCACCACACACCGGUACCGGUAUGGUACUUGGUGCUUGCGGCAAUAGUGGUGUUGUUGGUGGCAGCAGUGUUGGCAUGCCACCUUUAUCGAGCGCCGAGUUUCAGGCGAAAAUCAAUGCCGAAAUGCAGAAACAUUUGGCCGCCGCAGAUCUCAAAUUCAAAUUGGAAUCGACCAUCAACGAGGCGAAGCAACGGCGCAUCAACAUGCUGAAUCUGGCAGGCGCUGUGGCUGUCGCCGGCGGCAAUGAGCAGCAUGCCCUGCAACUGCACUCUGCCGCACAUCCCGGCGGCCUCUUCAUGAGUGAGGCGCUGAGUCCGCAUAUGCAGUCUGCGCACCAACACCACCAGCUCACAAGCACCAGCAACGGUGUGCAUUUGCCGGGUUCGCCCAUUACGACGUCGUCGCAUUCCCACGUCCAUCCGCACACGAUGCCGCCGUUCCAAAAUCCCGAAUUCAUGAAAAUGUACUACGACGAUUACGACGACUCCAAUUCGGACAGUGACGAAGAGAUCAGUGUAACGUGACCGCAUUAAACGGCGAACUUGGUGAUAAAUUUAAGUAAUUAUUUAUAAAUUUGCGUGUAAAUAUUCAUAUGAUUUAUAUUUAAAAAUAUAAGUUUUCGAAAAAUGUAA